AUGACGGAGGCACAUUUUAAGUACCAUGGAAAUCUCACUGGGCGAGCCCAUUUUCCCACCCUGGCAACAGAGGUUGACACCACUUCAGAUAAGUAUUCCAACCUGUACAUGUAUGUGGGCUUAUUCCUCAGCCUCCUGGCCAUUCUCCUCAUCCUGCUGUUCACAAUGCUUCUUCGGCUCAAGCAUGUCAUCUCACCCAUCACCUCUGAGAGCACCGAAAGCGUUCCUCAGUUCACAGAUGUAGAGAUGCAGAGUCGAAUCCCCACCCCUUAAAGCCAGGAUGAAGGUUAAUGUUAGUGGAUCUUAGUAAACCCUUUUAUGCUGCCAUUCCGAAAAGCUUACGUUGUUGCAUGUAGCUUCCCCUGUAGGGAAUCAACAAGUUGUUCAUUAAAGCUGGGGUGUUUUCUUUGUGUUAUUUUUUAUCUUGACUCUGCUUGUGGAAUAUCUAAGAAGUUUAAUACUCAUUCUUUGCCAGGAAUAUAGGAAAUGGCAGCUGGUUGGGAGGGCAGGUUUCCAUAGUAACCAAACAGCGCCUGGGCCUUGAACAAACCUCAGACCACAGAAAUUCAUAUGCAGCUGUUGUAACAAAAAACAACAACACAGAAUCUAUGGAAGCUCCAAGAAUGAACAAGGAGGAUUUGCCCUUGAAAGGG